AUGGUGAAGAAUCAUUUUAACAGCCAUGCUUGGCUCACUGUUUUUGAGUCAAUCAAGGUUGAGGAUCUCCUGAAGGACAUGAUUCAACAACUCUUCAGUGAAAUCAUGCAACCAGUUCCUUUUGGAGUUGAAAUUAUGAGCAUCAAUAGGCUGAAAUGCCUGGGUAAAGAUUUUCUACAACAAAGGAGAUACGUGGUAGUUUUUGAUGACGUAUGGAAUGUUAACGCUUGGGAGGCUAUCAAAUAUGUACUGCCUGACAACAAUAGUGGCAGCUGUGUCAUUCUCACAAUUUGUUUUGCACAUAUUUCCUCUACUUAUUGCGAAGAAACUAAAGGUAAUGUCUAUAACUUGAUGCUCUUGUCCCCAAAGGAGUCUUGGACGCUGUUUUGCAACAAGACUUUUCGGGGGAACUUAUGCCCUUCACAUUUGAAGAAAAUUUCUCUUCGAAUCUUAAAAAGAUACGAGGGAUUGCCACUUGCAAUUGUAGCCAUAAGUGGUGUUUUAGCUACAAAGGAUUGGAGCAGAAUAGAAGAAUGUGAAAUGCUCUAUCGCAGCUUUGGUGCUGAAUUCAAGGGCAAUGAAAAACUAGAGAGAAUGAAAAAAGAACUCUCUCUCAAUUACAAUGCAGAAGGAUUUGUGAAUGCUACUGACGGAAAGACAAUAGAAGAAGUUGUAGAGGGUUACCUCAAUGAGCUAUUCAAUAGGAGCCUGGUUCAAGUGGCACAGAGAGGUUUCAAUGGAAAGCCUUAUAGUUUCCAUAUUCACAACCUGAUGCGUGAAAUUAUUCUUUCAAAGGCGAUAGAGGAAAACAUUAUACAAGGGCUCAAGGUGGCCAGAGAAAGUUCACUGCCUAUUGAUCGAAAGCACAUCGGAAAAUAUAGAAUAUAG